AUGGUUCAUAUCGCAAUAGCUGGUGGCUCGGGUGAAGUUGCUAGUGAGGUCAUCGACGCUUUGGUAGCCGCGAAGAAGCAUGAGAUUACUAUCCUCAGUAGGAGAGGAUUGAUAUGGCGAACUGUAAACUACGACGAUAAGAGCGAGCUCGCCGAAGCGCUACAGGGAAUCCACACCGUCCUGUCUUUCAUCCAGCUCAUGACAGAUCCGAAUCAACAAGCCCAGAAGAACCUGAUCGAUGCUGCUAUACUUGCCGACGUCAAGCGAUUUGCUCCAAGCGAAUAUGGAAGUUCGACCACAGUGGAUAUGCCUUGGUGGGCUAGAAAAGACGCGACCCAAGAAUAUCUGAAACAAGUCAACGAGAGUGGAAAGACUAUCGAGUAUACUUUGUUCCAACCAGGCAUGUUUCUCGACUAUCUGGCAUUUCCAUACAAGACAGCCAAACACCUUACUCCGCUAAACACGAUGAUUGAUUUUGAGAACCGGCGUGCAGUUGUCGUUGAAGGCCACGACGCCAUCAUGACUUUCACUACAGUCCAAGAUCUUGCUGCAGUUGUGGCGAGAGCAGUUGACUACGAUGGAAAGUGGCCCGUGAUUGGUGGUAUCAGCGGCAACAGAAUUCCGGUCUCACGAAUUCUCGAGAUUGGGGAGAGAGUUCGAGGUCAUCCAUUUGUUAUUGAGAAGGUCAAACUGGAAGAUCUUGAGCGUGGAAAUCUCAAGACUUCGUGGUCGCUCGAAACGAGCCAUCCAAGCGUUUCUGGAGAACAGGCCACGAGUUUAUUGAAAGCUGUUCUCAUUGGAAUUUUGUUAAGCGGCGCAAAGGGUGCUUGGGAUGUGUCGGAUGAAUACAAUCAGCUUUUGCCAGAUUACAAGUUCACCCAGAUCGACGACUUCCUCGCCGAAGUCUGGAAGGGAAAGCCGUAG